CGUCUCACUGCAUUUGUUGUCUCACUGUAUUUGUCGUCUCACUAUAUUUGUCGCCGCACUGGAUUUGUCGCCUCACUGUAUUUGCUGUCUCACUAUAUUUGUCGUCUCAUUAUAUUUGUUUUCUCAUUGUAUUUGUCGCCUCACUGUAUUUGUGGUCUCACUGUAUUUGUUUUCUCAUUGUAUUUGUCGCCUCAGAGGCUAAAAUCAAUUUUUCCCCAUGUUUUUGUUGGCAGACAUGUUUUCGGUUAUAUAACUCCAGAGCUAAGGCAGCAUUGAUUGUGUUUGUACCUCAUACAAAGUGAACCACCCUUUUCACUAUGAACAUGUGAUAUUAAUCAACCACUUUCUCUUGCACAUCUGUCUUCUUGUGAGAUUCAACACAUCCUCUUCAUACCAUGUGGUGAAUUCUGGCAAUCCAAGUUCCACAGAACACAACAAACAUUAUUACCCAAUCCCUCUCAUGCUGGAACACUCUCCAUCCAGGGUUGUUGUUCCAGCUUUAUGCAACAAACUAUCGCCCCCCCCAAGGUUAUGCAGAAAACACAUAAUCACAAGCAGAUGUGAAGCUGAAGCCGAAACCCUGCUGCUCUGAGACCAGUUUGGCUCUGAUUUUCUGUCAAGUCUCCUGCUGUUGUGUGACUGUAGCUGUGAUCCUAAAUCAGUGGCUUGUGUGAGAAACUCCAUUUGUGGACUCGUACUCCACCUCCACAGAGUAGAACAGAGACGCACUGGUGUCAGAGUCCACUGGCUUUGUUGAGCAGUGCAGUGCAGUGCAGUGCUGCUCUGGAGGGAAUCGAACGCCAUGUGGAAUUUCAUCCUGGUCUCUCUGGGGUUGCUGCUGUCUCCCCGCCCGGCUCACAGCGUCAGAGAUGAUAGGUCAAAUUGCAAGCCUGUAACAGCUAGCUUCUGUCAAGGUGUGGGCUACACCUCAACCUCUCAUCCCAGUGGUGUUUCAGGAUACAGCCUGCAUCAGAUCGGGCAGAUUGUGGAGACGGCCUGUUCCACGGAGGUGGCGACAUUAAUGUGUCGCGUUGUCAUGCCUGAAUGCAGCUCAGACGACGACAGCCGGACGAAGCCUUGUCGAUCUCUCUGCGAGAAAGUCAAGACGGACUGCGAGUCUGCGAUCAGAGCAAAGCGGCUGUCCUGGCCGAUAAAGCUCCGCUGUGAAGCGCUACCAGUGUCUAACUGCGCACAGGGUAAAGAAACCAGAAUUACUCCGACUCCUCCAAUAGCAACAUGUCAGACGAUCACCGUCCCUCUCUGCAAAGACCUGCUCUACACUGAGACUGUGCUGCCCAACCUUCUGGGUCACAAAUCCCAGGAGGAGGCCAACCUGGACAUUCAUCCGUACUAUCCUCUAGUGAAAGUGGAGUGCUCCCCUCACCUGAAGCCUUUCCUCUGCUCCCUCUUUACUCCGCAGUGUGUGGCAGGAAAGGCUCGUCCGCCAUGUAGAACACUCUGUGAGAAGGCUCGGUCCGACUGCGGGUCGCUGAUGAGCAGGUUUGGCUACGCGUGGCCUGAGUCUUUCAAGUGUGAUGCUUUUACCACAGAAUCAUGUCAACAGGACCAUCUUGUUGCCCAACCAUCCUUGACAUGUCAGACGAUCACCGUCCCUCUCUGCAAAGACCUGCCCUACACUGAGACCGUGCUGCCCAACCUUCUGGGCCACAAAUCCCAGGAGGAGGCCAACCUGGAGAUAAACCAGUUCAGUCCUCUAGUGAAAGUGGAGUGCUCCCCUCACCUAAAGCCCUUCCUCUGCUCCCUCUACACUCCGCCAUGUGUGGCAGGAAAAGCCCGUCCACCUUGCAGAACGCUCUGUGAGCAGGCUCGGUCUGGCUGCGAGUUGCUGAUGAGCAGGUUCGGCUUUGUGUGGCCUGAAGCUUUCAGGUGUGAAGCUUUUACCACAGAAUCAUGUCAACAGUACGGAGUGGGCAGCAGCGGGGACAUGUGCGAGCCCAUCACCAUCCCCCUGUGUCAGGGUUUGUCUUACAACCAGACCACCACCCAGAAUCUCCUGGGACACGCAAAUCAAGGAGAAGCCAUGGCGAGGAUGUCCUUUUUCAACUCCUUGGUGCAGACCAUGUGCUCGGAGGACAUCCGCCUCUUGCUGUGCAGGGUGUACGCCCCCGAGUGUGUGGCUGGGGAAGUGCAGCGGCCCUGCAGGUCUUUCUGUGAGAGAGCCAAACAGGGCUGCGAAGAUCGGAUGACAGCUUUUGGCGUUUCUUGGCCACCAGAGCUGCAGUGUAACUCAUUCCCAGAAGAAAUGUGUGCAUCGGAAGAAAGCAGGACUGAGAUGCUGAACGCUGAAGGUGUCCUCGCUAAACUGAACGCUGGAGGAUUUUCUGUUCGUGGCAGACCCCUGAGUCUGAGAACCGCUCGCCUUCUGCUGACGCUCAUGGACACAGAUGUGACACGAGACCUGGACGUGGUGGAGUUCUUCAAACUGGAGCAUUACAUGGCCGCUCUCAGGAGGGAGUACGUGGAGAGCUACGAGAGGAGGAAUCCACCGUCUGUCACUCAAACACAAAUGAAAAAGGCUCUGUCCGACCGUGGCUUCACCGUCGACGACGACACCUUCACAACUCUGUGGCAACAGCACGGCUCUCAAGGUGGCAUCAACUACGACGAGUACACGGCCGCCGUGACCAAACUCCACAUCCUCAAACAACGUUUCACCGCUCGUCUGCUCAGUUUACCAUGUGACUGUGAGGUGAGCAGCUUUUCCCUUAAACAGUUCCUAAAAUCAGCCAUAAUCUGAAAACAC